CAAUGACCGCGCGUAACUUGACUCUUUGGUUGGUCUAUAAAUAAGUUUGGUCAGCGCAGACGACACUUUACUACAAGGACGUUACCGGCCUUCACUCGUUCAAAAAGGCUCGCGCAACACUUUAAGAGGUCAAAAUGAUGUUGAUCAGUUCCGCCAUUUUUGUGAUCUGUUCCUUGGCAUUCGGACAAGCUGAAGACUACCCUACAGUGUACAUGUCCGCCCAUGAGAACCAGGCCGUGUCCGUGUCCAAGGCAGGGUACAUCGAGUGGCACGACCGCUUCCAGUACCCGGAUGACGCUGACGUCACGCUCACCCUGCAGGCCGGAACCGGAAAUAACGUCAGACUGGACUUCCUCAGCCUCAACAUCGAGGGUUCUCCAGGCGCAUGCGUAGACAAGCUCGAGGUGUACGGUGGAGAAGGAGCGCCCGGGCAGAACGUCACGCGGACGGUUUGCGGCACGAACGUCCGGGUUCCCGCCUUCACGUCCCGUACUGAGGAGGCCGUCCUCCGGCUGCGGUCUGACAACAUGGUCCGGGGCGACUUCAGGAUCCUCUACAACGUCUUCAGACUGGUCGGGGAAAACGAACUGUGCCCACGUGACCAUUUCAAAUGCACCAAUCAGCGCUGUAUCCACGAGUCGCUGCUGUGUGACGGGACCGACAACUGUGGGGACAACUCGGAGGAGUCGCAGGCCGCAUGCGUCGAUCCUGAACUCGCGCCUGUGAACGUGACGAUGAAGAGCACUUGCGGCCGAACCCUUCCCAUCGGCCACUCCGGUUACAUCUACAGGGGUGAAAGUUCGCAGGACAGAGUUCACAUCAACGCGACGGCCUCUGAUAGGCGCAGGGACUGUCACGUGACCCUUGACGCGCCUGCGGGGUACAACAUCAACCUCCAUUUUGAGUUUCUGGACAUCCAGAGGAACUUCCCCUUCAACUGUGCCGACAAGCUCGACAUCUUCAACGGUCGCCAUGGCAACGUGACGUCAGCUGCCAGGACUGUCUGCGGGAUCGACGAGAGGGAUUUCUCGUCCACCGGAAGUGUCGUCACUCUCCACGUGACGUCAGCGUUUGGGCGGAGGGGCAGUUUCCGGAUCAUGUACACACUCUUCCGGCCAAGCAGCGGGUCCUGCUAUAACUACGAGUACCUGUGCCAGACCGACCGCCGCUGUGUCCUGUCUGACGUCACCUGCGACGGCAAGGACAACUGCGGGGAUGCCAGCGAUGAGACGGCAGGGGCUGGGUGUACAGAGAGUGCCGGCUCGGCAGGACUGGGUGUUGCCGGGAUCGUGGGGAUCUGCCUGGCGGCCGCGGCUGUGCUCUUCAUCCUGGUCGGGCUCAUGGUCUACUUCAGCGGCACCAUCAAGGGCCGCAUCACCGCCUGCCUCACUACGUCACAGACGUCGUACGACCCCAAGUAAACCCAUAUCCAUGCGCCAGUUGGCUAAAAUUUUAAAUAAGUGUCAGUUUUCGAAAUAAUUCUCAAAAUGUUUUAGACUUGAAAUAAUACCAACUGGUGUCUCAAAAUUAG